AAAAAAGUUAAAAUACAUGCAUCUCCCUUUUCUUCUGUGCCUUAUAGCUUCUUUCUAUUUUCCCAAUGAUUUAUAAGAAAAUCAUUGUCUCUCUUUGUCAUAGCUGAAUCGAGGGCCUGGUGCACAUUCUCCUGCUAAUUUGUAAAUUUCAUUCAUUAAGCGACGACUCAACUUCUGUGUCAGAGAGUGAGUCACAUCGCACGACGACACAGACCCGGGAGAAACACAGACCCAGGGAAUUGUCUUAGAGGAUUUGUGCCAAGAAAAUCUCCUUUAUAAGCUUUCUAGGGCCUGACAGUUUUGGGCUGUAAUUGAAAAACAACAAUCCAGGCUGCAUUAGGUCUCUAUAGAAAACCUCCUGUAGUUUAAUAAAGCAUGGGGAACGUUUAAUGGCUUUUUUUUUUAAGAAAGAAAGAAAAAAAAAUUGCGGCCAUUUUUCAUUUCCUUUUUUUUUUGGUUUGGUUAAUGACAUUGUCAACCAUGAGGGAAAUCGCAAUUCAAUUAAAAGAAGGAAGGCUAUACAUAUAUAUCACAGAGAGAAUGUAAUGAUGGGCUAGUACAGUCUGUUGUUGUCAAUGUUGAUAUAGUGACGCAAAGCGUGUAAAUCUAUUGUUCACUCAGGUCCUCCUCAUGGAAAGAGUGUAAAAAUCGGAAUUUUUAUGUCUAAGUGCCGCAGUCAGAGAGAACAGGACUGAUGGAUUUUAUUUUUUAAGUUUCGUUAGCUCGGUAAUGAUUGAUUGAAGCCGCUGUGACAGUAUCCACCACAUUCGACGUCAUCUUGCUCUGCGGGUCUCUUUUUUUGGAGGGACACGUUUUUGCACUUGAAGCCAAUCUUGGUGACAAUAAUUUCUGGUGUUUUCACUGGCUGAUUUUCCCCUAAAUAAUGGAAUAUUAGCUUGCGGAAACAUUGACCGCUCAGACUUGAAAUUUAUCUUGUGUUUAAUGUGCGGUGUUUCUCAGCCUCGUAUUGAUAACUUUCAUACAAAGGAAUUUUAUAGGGACUUGUGUCAAUUACGAUUCGAGGAAUACUAUUGUAAUGUCUUUGUUGGAGCCUGAUAUUUUGACCAACAACCUGUAUGUGAAACUGUGAUGAAGACCGUUAGGCGACUGAAUUUUGAUGGCCUGCUAGAGGAAGUGAGCGUUACAUGAAUUUUAACCAUGAGGCGAGCAGACUUUUUAUUCUGGGAUGUAACACUACUGUGGUUCUGGCUAUGUUACUCUGUACAAGGUGACCAGAUCAAGAUCCUGGACUCCCCAGUUGACCAGACAGUUGGUAAGGGUCACACAGUCUCAUUCACCUGCGCCGUCGGAUUUACCGGCGAUGAGGCGGAGGAGCAGGAUCUACGUGUCCGAUGGAAGCACGAGGGUGAGGCGCUUGACCAGAGGACCGACCGAUACACACUGGCAGACAACGGGCAGAAGCUGAUACUGAGGGAUGUGGACUAUAGGGACGAGGGACAGUACACCUGUGUGGCCAGCAUACGGGGACAGGCAGAGAGGGAGAAGUCAUCUGCCAGGCUCAGAGUCAGAGAUAGACCAGAGCCCCCACAGGAAGUGGAGAUAAGUUCCUGUGGGCCCAAGCGGGUGGAGUUGAUUUGGCGUGACGGUUGGGAUGGGGGGGAACCAAUCAAGGAAUACCUGAUUCAAUACAACACUUCUGACAAUGCGUUCUACUGGAACUCGGCUGACGAGGAAGUCGAGUACCUGGACAUGUCGUCCAAGACCGCCUUCAUAAGCUUGUCCCCCUGGGGGUGGUACUCCUUCAGGGUGUUGGCCAAGAACAGUCUAGGGUACAGCGAUCCGAGUAAACCCACCAAGAAGGAGUGCAACACACCGCCAGAGAGGCCGACCUCUAACCCCGUCAAUGUGAGGACAAAGACGGACAAGGAGGGAAAGCUGAUCAUAACAUGGGAUCCGAUGCCGCGGAUGCAACACAAUGCUCCGAGUUUUGAAUACGUGGUCAGGUGGAGGAAGCAUGGCAGCACCUUCUGGAGUGAAAAGAUAAUCAGAGGUCCGAACGCGAACCAGCAUGAGGUGGAUGUGGAUGAUGUUUACGGAUUGUACGACGUACAAGUAAUGGCCAAAAACAGCCUAGGAAACUCAUUCCAGCCCGUGUUCACCUUCAGGGGUCACUCAGGGGAGGGAGACCCUCUAAUAAAGCCUCGUGAUUUUCGAGUUGACCCCACCCGUGGAAAUCGGCCACAUGAAGCCCAUUUUAUCUGGGAGUCUAUCGAUCCAUUGGAUGAAAUGAUUAGGGGAAAGUUCAGAGGUUACAAGUUACAGUACUGGAAGUCCAGUGAAGGUCGCCGUAACAAGAUAGAGGUUCCUAUUGUGAUCGACUCAGACACGGCCAACCUGAGACAUGAUAUCAGAGCCUCCAUCUUUGACCUGCCGGCCAACACCGCAUUCCGUGCCCAAGUGUCCGUGAUGAAUGGGCACCGUGCGGGGCCCCCCAGCGACACCAUCGACUUCAAGACAUCAGAGGGAGUUCCUGGUCCAGUCCGUAAUCUACAGUCGGAUGAAGUUGACAGCCACUACACGGUGCUGAAGUGGGACCCGCCUGAUGAGCCCAAUGGGUUACUCCAAGGUUAUGACCUUGGUUAUCAGAAAGUGAAUGGGGAGACCCAGGGUGAGAUUCGAGCGUUAGAACCAAAGAUCAACAACCCCUCCCACACAUCAGCGAGGAUCACUGAUCUGCAGCCAAACAACGAGUACCGCUUCUUUGUGUGGGCAAGGACCAGCUCAGGGCUGGGAAAAAAGCAGUCAGUGAAGGUGUUAACAAAGGGCUAUGCCAACAGUCAGAUGGCCAGUAUCCACCAAUUAGGAAUCAAUUUAGCAUCACAUGACAUUGGUCUCAAAUUUAGAGUUCUAGUGAUUCUUGGAGUGGUUUGGACAUUGAUGAAUCUCGUCUUCCACUGACAUCCUACAGAGACAGAACAGCCAGGGGAUACGUUAUCUUCAAUACUUAUAUCACUAUCAUGUUGUGGGACCCUAAGUUCAGACGGACCAAGGAAGAUCCUACUACCGUCAAACUUUGAACAAAGAUGUCUGUGGAUUGUGAAUUGGAUGAAGUCCUCUGUUUUGGAGGACUGAAAUAUGAUUAAAGAUAGAAGAUAACUAUAAAGGUUUACAGAUGCAAACAGAUUAUAUUUGACAUCCUACAGUUUACAUAAGGAUCAUGAAGCCAUGUCAUGGCAGAACAAACAAAACUAGAAUCUAUAUUGUGAUAUCAUGAUGUGAUUCUUUAUUUUCUCAGCAAUAAGUUUUUACUUAAUCAGCACUUGAUGUUAUUUACAAGGAAGGACUUUCUUGACAUAAAGGCAGUACUAUGAAAGAUUCUGUGAAGUUUCAGUGGUAUAUAUAGAGCUGUGAAUGAAUGCACUCGGACAUCAGGAUAUACCAAUGUUUAUUGGUGUAAAAAACGUUGAUGUGAAAUGUUCAAGGAUGAAACCACAGACAUACGAAAAAAUUCCCCUUAACUGUUUACAAGCUCACCAAAGGUUUCAGUGUAAUGUGAAAUGGUCUAGUCCUCUGGUGUAUGUGUAAGACACGAUCGCUACCCCAGUGGAGGCUGCCAUGUCUCGGAGACGAUCACCAAUCUAUUACCCACAAUCAUUCCCAGUUGUAUGAAUUCCAUAAACAUUCCAAAUGAUAUGAAGAAGAUUGUCUGCAUGCAUUAUUCAAGAUGGCGUGGAAUGUGUCAUUAGAGUGACUCAAGGGCUUCUGUUCCCUCUAGGAAUUGUGUCGUUUCUUUCGCAGCCAAAACUCGUUUCAUCUUUUGUUUUGUUCUGUCUGUUAGUGCUUUACAAUGUGAGAGGACUCUGAGAAGCUUGAUAGAGGCCAUGGAAUGUCUAGUGCUGUCUAUCGGAUGUACCUCCUGAUUUCUGUGCCAUAAGUUCACGUAUUAGCCGGGUGAAGGCUUAAUAAGCACCUCAAACAUAAAUAGUUGCACACAAUGGCUGAAAUUGUUCAAUUAUGGUAAUUGUGAAAUUUUUUUUGUCUCGUAUUUUGUGCAAAAGCAAUGUCUUGUCAAAUUUGUAUUUAUGUCACAAAAUAUAGCAGUAUUUGUGAAAUAUUGAUUCCUAUUUUUAACUUUUUGUCAUUGAAUGAUUGACACUGUGCAUGCAUGACUAUACAUGUGCAAUAUCUGAGAGGAGUUUCAUCAUGUCUAUAUAUAGUAACAAGUAAAUAUGUAUACAAUGUAAAUAACAUUGUAAUGUUCUAGUCAAACAAUGAUGAAAAAUGUUCUGAUUGAGGAAUGUGAAUGGAAAUUUUUUAAUAUUUAUCAAUUAUUAUAUAUAAAUUGAAAUAUUCCAUGCACAUUGUACUUGAGUGUGUGGGAUUUCAUAUUCAUAGCAAAGUUACUUUAUUGUUGGAUAAAGUUGAGCAAUUAAUUAAUGAAAUAAGAAGGUUUCAUUCUAGAAACUAGUUCUAUCAUUAUUUAUUUUUGCGUUGUAUUCACUCAAAUUUGCUGUGAAUAUGAUAGUUAAAAAACUUGUAAUUAUUGAAAAAGAGAACCCAUAAACGAUAGAAUUGUUUCAGCAGAGCAAAUAUGGACCCAUUGUUUUAGGUUGAAUGGUUGUUGACUAUUUUUUCAUGGAUGAUUUGUCAAUAUCUGUAUUUCUGCUUUAAUAUUUUUAUUGAAAUUGAUGAAAUAUGGGAGAAUGUUUCUACCAAUCAAUCCUCAUAUUCAAAGGUUGUGAACUUUUGUAAGUUUCUGUAGUUACAGCUUAUCUAUCUCUGUUUGUUCUGUAGAUAAAAGUAUCCUCAUCCAACUCAUCCUCAACACACAUCUGUUAUAAAUAAUAUUCAAAGAAAGAUAACUAAAAAAAAACCCCAUUUUUUGUCAGCGUUAGCUCCCUUAGUAUACCCUUAGUAUACUAAGACCAAUGAAAUAGGCUUCACAUGAACAAAUUCUUUCCAAAGUUGCAAAACCAUUGUUAUAUUUCCACACAACUUCAUGUUCAUUGCUUCAUUUCCUACUGCACAAACGAACAUUUCAUUCUUGCCAAAUGCACAUGGACUGCAUUCUGGGUAAUUUCAUGAACGACAAGGUUGUGCUAAAUGUUGUGACUGUUCGAUUUAUUUUGCCAAUAACAGAAAAACCAUAUCAGUGAAUGUUGUGUAGAUGAUAGUUAUAGGACUACAAAAUCAAAUCAUUCAAGUAUACAACCUAACAAAUGAAGCUGAGUUUAAACACAAUAGAUUGCAACAUUAAAAAUCUUCAAUUUUUCAAUUCGAACAAAUCUAUAUAGUUUAUAAACUGUUAAAGAUGAGUAUAAUUUGAUAAAUUUCAAACUUUUAGUGUAACGCCAUUCUUAGGGAAUUUUUGAAUAAGAGACAUAUAACAUUUUAAGGAUAUUAGAAUUUUGUCAGGUCACUGUUUGAUUAAAACCAUUUCGUAUUUUUACUGAUACAUUAUGUAAUAAAUUACACAUAUAAAGACGACAUUUUGAAAGUCAAUAUACAUGCUUAUAUGCAUUAUAUUUUUUAACAAGUUUGUUACUUGUCCCAUACUAAUGAUUAAAUAUCACAUUAUUUAAUAUAUUGGUUAUGCUGAUUACCUUUUUACUAAUGAAUUUGGAGUCUUGUUAAUUAGUAAACAGAUUUUAUCUGGACAAAUUGUACUACAUCGUUUCAUCGAUUUCCUGAUUUUUCUUGAUUAGAAACACUUAGCUGGUGAAACUGACGUGCUGUGAUGUCAGAUGAAUUUAUCAAAAGAGAAUAGUAAAACAUGUUCUAUACAAUUGAAAGAAAUUGGGCCAAUAACUUGAAUAAAAGAAAUUGAAGAUAAUUGUUUACUUAUUGAAUAGGUAUAUUUUUUCCCCUUUACAUUUGAACAAGAUUAUUUUUUGAAUUAUGGAAUUCGAAGGCACUGUAGACAUUCAUGUAACAAACAAUGCAUGUCAAGAGAUGACAGCGAUCAAAUAGAACAGAACGUCUGGCGUUCAUAUUCAGCAGAGACACUGGGACACAUAGGUUUACAUUAAGCAUUGUUCUAAUAUGUAAAAAUGCUAUUUUUAAAACCAAUAUAUUUUUUUUGUCCGGAGGAUUGAAUUUUAGCUUUAUAUGUAAGUUUUAGAUUUAACGUAAUGUAUGCACAAGUAUCGGGUAUUGGAAGCAACGUUAAGUCCAAGCAAUUUUGAUAGUUUUAAACUAUAUUUGUAAUAGUAUAUUUGCUUGAUAACAAAUCAUUAAGAUUACAGAUUUACAUAUGUGAUGUUUUCUUCUUUCACUUCUGUUUGAUACUUUAUAAUUGAGCAUUGAUUUGUGCCAAAUAAUAUUGUGUUACUUUCUCUCCUCUGUUUCCUGUAUUCAUGUUUAUUUUGUUCAUGUCUGUAUCUUUUGUGUUACUUUUUAAUGUACACAACCCUUUUUUCUCCAUUGUUUAACUUUAGCUUAUGAUACACUUACUUGUUUAUCUGUAAAAGUACACCAAACUUGUUAUGUUUAUGAUGCGGUCAUUUAAAACAACGCUUUAUACAACUGUCAAAGAUCUCUUUUCCAGUACUUUGAAUUUUUACUUUGUGACGUAAUAAGAAACUGAGUUGAGUUAUUAUGAUGUGGCAGUUUAAGUAACAUUUUAGAAAAGUGCUAUCCAUUUUCCAAUAAUUUAGAUUUUGUAAGAAAAAAAUUAAAGCUGCACAAAGACAUAAUAUUAUCUGUAUCAUAAUCCUUAAUCCUUUGUUUAUGUAUUGAAUGUAUUAGUUAUUGGAAAAUUUGGUACACCCAUUUUGUUACAUAUAAUAUUAUGAACACAAAUGGUAUUUUGCAAAAAGAACAAUUUUGAAACAGUGAAACUUUGCAGUGUCAUACGAAUACUCAAGACUUGUUCAUUGUGUGUUGGGGUAUAUGUGCAAUUAGAUUAUUUGUUGGGGGAAACGUAGAUGACUGCUUUUCUUGUCCAUUCAUGUUGUAUAAAGUUAAUUAUAUCUUGUUGAUCAUUAAUAUUAUUAAAAUCAUUUUUAUUUCUAAGGUUGAAAAA